UAUUAAAAAAAGAAAAGGAAGACCAAACAUUGACAGUCUUAAUUGCUUUUUUGUUAUUAGAGCCAGAAAUCAAAUAAAUCAGAUACGCAGCUCUCCCUCUGGCACGAUUGAUGCUCUGCUCGUCAUUAUCAAAACAUUGUUAAAUGGCUGUGUCACGACCCCGCGCCGUAAUCCCUUACACAUUUGACCCGGAGUCUGACCCAGAGACAGAAGAUACUGUCGCAAGUGAAACACCUCCACAACAAAGACUGCUGCAGGACGCCUCAGAAUGGUGCACUUGUGGGAACUGCAUGACGAUGCCCACAGAAGGGGAGAACGUCUGCUGUAGAGAAACACUUAUGGUUAUCCGAAGAAUGAAUGAACUUCCGGACACACCAACAUGCAUGAUCUACCAUCCAGGCCUGGAGCCUAACUGUUUGAACCCAUACACACUGCAGAACAUGAACAACAUCUACCGGGCAGACUAUGGGCCUUUGCGGGGAAGAACAAUACACGAUCGCUACCGGCAUUUAGCAUACCGCAGCUUUGUCAGCUGGUGCUGGGGAUAUUUGGGACGACGUGUACGAGUUGUCAUCCCGUCGUGUGUCGUGUGCCGGAAACGCCAGGAGUUUCCUGAUCUGGCUGGACAAUAUGUUGGCUUCCGCCCACCCCUUGACUGA